AUGGCGUACGCCGUUAGAGCGGUGAAGAGGACGAUGGGGUUGAGGAGGGUGAGGACGAUGACGACGAAGAGGGUAGCGAGGAGAGCGUGGACAAACGUGGAGCGCGCGAAGCAUCAGGAGCUUCGAGAGUAUGAUAAGCAGCCGACGGAGGAAGGCGAGCAGGAGCAUCACAAACUUCAGAGGUGGGUCAUCCGCAGUGCGCAAGAGUCUGAGCAAUCACCUGGCAAUCGUGAGCGGUGGCAUCGAAACUGUCGGCAGCCUCGCCACGAGCUUCAAGGGGUCUCCGCCUCCUUCGCGGCGCUCGUCGCUGCUCCCGAAGGUCGCACAACCGCCAUCGCCACGCCCUGA